UAACAGAGUGACUUUAGAUAUAUCAAAACCUAUAACAGCAUUAGGUUAAGCUACUUCGAAAAUAUUUGUGCGUAUGUAAUAAAUUGUUAAUUAAAUUAUACAUAUUUGUCAUGACGAUGCAAAUUUCUUAAACAAAAGGUUCUUCAAUUAUAAAGUAAUUGAAGCUUUGAACAUCAUUAAAUUUCAUAUAAUAAAUGUAUGAUACACAAAGAUAAUGAUAAAUAAAAUAGGCAACAUAAUAGGAAAAAGAGAAAACUUAUGUUAAAUUAACAAAAAAGAGACAUUAUUGAUUUAUUUAUCUUUAUAGUAUUUUGACAGUAUAUUAAAAUUAAAAAUGAAUACAACGUUUAGUUACUGUCCUCCAAAUAUAACGUUCACAGACAUUUGGGUACAACAUGGCAUGUCCAAAUGUUUUAUGGACACUGUCAGUACUAGUAUAAUUUCCUUAUAUUUAUUAAUAUUUGGUACAAUUCAACUUGGGAUAUACCGAAAAUAUGGAACAGAAAUUAAUGCAGGAUUAUUAUCAAAGAGUAAAUUGUAUAUUGGACAAAAGUUUUUCUUAUAUUUUGUUCCAAUACUUAGUAUAAUCAGGAUAAUUCUGCAAGGAACAAUUUUGGAUGACAAAAAAAUUUAUGGCUAUAUGAUUCUGACAACAGUAUCAACUGUAAUUGUUUAUCCAUAUUCUGUAUAUAUAUUAAGGGUAGAGAGGCACAAGUUAUUACCAAGUGUGCCACCGCGUGGUCAUGGACUUGUAUUAUUGGGUUUUUGGACUUUAGCAUUUGUUUCAGAAAAUCUUGUUUUUGUUAAUAUUGGAAGACUUGAAUGGUGGUUUCAUUUAAAUACAUUAACAGACCAGAUUGAGAUGGCACUGUUCAUUUUACGUUACGUUAGCAACCUCAUCAUUUUUGCUCUAGGACUCAAAGCUCCAGGAAUAGCUGGUACUGUAGACAGUGAAUACAGUAAUCUACCUGAUGGUCCAACUACACGGCCACGAUAUUAUCAAGGUAGACCUGUGGAUAACACUUCCACAUGGAAAAAUGCAUGGUAUAAGAUCAAAACUUUGUCACCGUUUUUGUGGCCAAAAAGUUUUAUGCUCCAAUUGCGAGUCAUAUUUUGCUUUGGAUUACUUAUAGCAGGACGUUUAAUAAAUCUAUAUGUUCCAAUCUAUAAUAAAAAAAUUGUUGAUAGUGUUUCUGAAACUCCUAUAACAUUCAGGUGGGAUCUUGUCCUGACAUACGUGGCAUUCAAAUUUCUACAAGGUGGUGGAACAGGUGGUAUGGGAGUAUUGAACAAUUUAAGAUCAUUUUUGUGGAUCCGUAUACAGCAGUAUACGACACGAGAAAUUGAAGUGGAAUUGUUUAGACAUUUACAUAGCUUAAGUUUACGAUGGCAUCUUGGACGAAAAACGGGAGAGGUUCUAAGGAUUAUGGAUCGUGGUACAGAUUCUAUAAGCAAUCUUUUAAAUUAUAUUAUAUUUUCAAUCAUACCAACGAUCGUUGACAUUAUUGUGGCUGUUGUGUUCUUCAUUAUUGCUUUUAAUAAGUGGUUUGGCUUAAUCGUGUUUCUAACGAUGAGCCUCUAUAUAGCGGCCACAAUCAUGAUUACCGAAUGGCGAACCAAGUUCCAAAGACGCAUGAACUUAGCCGACAACGCUCAAAAAGCACGAAGUGUUGAUAGCUUGCUCAACUUCGAAACUGUUAAAUAUUACGGAGCAGAAUCAUAUGAAGUAGAUAGCUAUAGGAAGGCAAUAUUAGAAUAUCAGGUUGAAGAAUGGAAAUCAAUGAUCACACUGAAUAUUUUAAAUACUCUACAAAAUAUAAUUGUUUGCAGUGGUCUGUUAGCUGGAUCAUUGCUUUGUUUGCACAUGGUUGUAUAUAACGAAGGUUUAACGAUUGGUGAUUACGUUUUGUUUGCAAGUUAUAUUAUUCAACUUUAUGUACCUCUAAAUUGGUUUGGAACUUAUUACCGAUCUAUUCAGAAAAAUUUCGUUGACAUGGAAAAUAUGUUUGAUCUUCUGAGGGAAAACGAAGAAGUAAUUGAUGCUCCAGGUGCUGAACCAUUGGUAGUAAAACAUGGUCAUGUGGAAUUCUCAAACGUAUCAUUCGGCUACGCUCCUGAGAAAAUUAUACUAAAAAAUAUUAGCUUUGUUGCACCAGCAGGAAAAACUAUUGCUCUGGUUGGACCAUCAGGAGCUGGAAAAUCGACCAUUGUACGAUUAUUAUUCAGGUUUUACGACGUGGAACACGGUGCGAUUUUAAUUGAUGGACAAAAUAUUAAAACCAUCACUCAAGAUUCCCUGAGACGCGCGAUCGGUGUUGUACCUCAAGAUACAGUAUUAUUUAAUAACACCAUAAAAUAUAAUAUUCACUAUGGCCGUAUCGAAGCUGUGGAUGCAGAUAUAAUAGCAGCUGCUAAGAAUGCAGAUAUUCAUGAACGAAUUCUAUCAUUUCCAUAUGGUUAUGAUACACAGGUUGGUGAAAGAGGACUUCGUUUGAGUGGCGGAGAGAAACAGCGCGUUGCUAUCGCGCGUACGAUAUUAAAAGAACCAGCAAUUGUGCUUCUGGAUGAAGCAACGAGCGCGCUUGAUACUCAAACAGAGCGUAAUAUUCAAGCGGCAUUAAACAGAGUCUGUGCUAACCGUACAACUAUCAUUAUAGCGCACAGAUUAUCCACGAUCAUACACGCUGAUGAAAUUUUCGUGUUGAAAGAUGGAGAAAUUGUAGAGAGAGGAAAACACGAGGAACUUAUUUCCCAUACAGGGAUCUAUCAUUCGAUGUGGCAAGCGCAAUUACAGAACGAUCAAGACGUCGUUGAUGUUCCAAAUGAAGAUACCAAUGCAACAAAUUCUUAACCACUUUUAGCAAAACCAAUCUUAUUUGUUGACUUUGAUAGUUAAAAUUAAAAAAAAAAAAAAAUA